AUGGUGAACGUACCGAAGGCCAGAAGGACGUUCUGCGACGGCAAAUGCCGUAAGCACACGAAUCACAAAGUUACCCAGUACAAGAAGGGAAAGGAAUCGAAGUUCGCUCAAGGUAUGCUCUUCAACUAUUAA